AUGGCACCGCAUGUAUGUCUCCUCCUCGGCGCGAUACUCCUCACGACGACGCUCGCGGUAGAUAACAGCUGGCAUCCACCAGACCCCAGCGCCAUCAACAAUCUAGAUCUCAACCUAGGGUCUGAUGGAGUCUUCGAUUUUAUAUUCGACACCUCUUUAACCCCCGACGAGCGAUAUGGCCAGUAUAAUUACUGCAACAUGCCACAUGUGCGCAGACGAGAAUACGUCGUUGCGCCGGCGGAAUAUGAGCUUGUUUAUGUUGAGAUAAUUCAUCGCCACCAUAAGAGAACUCCAUAUGAGUCAAAUACCUUCCCCAUGGAAAAAGAUACAUGGGACUGCAACGGCACACAGCUGUACCACUACGGCCAACCCUCAGCUGGCUCACAAAUGAGCGCUAAUACAUACUGGCAAUUAGAAGAACACAGUCCAUUUGAUUUGUUCCCCGUGUCAGCGUUUCCGGGUACAUGUGUAUUUCCGCAAAUAACUCGUACCGGAUUACAGGAUUCAUGGCAGCAUGGACAUGACAUUUAUGAGGUUUAUCAUGAUCUUUUGCGGUUUUUGCCGGACGAGUUGGACCAGAAGAGGAUGGAGUUUAGGGUUACGAAUAAUGUGAUUACGAGCCAGGUUGCGGGCAUGGUGAUAGGGGGGAUGUAUGGGGAAGGGGUGGAUGUGCCUUUGCAUGUACAGAGAGCAGGCAUUGACUCUUUAGAGCCGCAGUAUCCUUGUCCUGGUGGACAGAUGCUGUUUACGGGCAUCAAAGACUCCGAUUCUGCAUCCUCCGAACUCUGGAAGAGCCAUCUCGAGAAGACUAAAGAUUUACUGAAUUCCCUCGAUGCGAUCUCAGGCGUCCCCUCGGAUGCAGACGAUUGGCACACCAGCUACGACCACUACUUUGACAAUCUCUCUUCCCGUCUAUGUCACUCCAAACCUCUCCCUUGUAAACGUCAACGGCCACAAUCAAACGACGAAUGCAUAACACGCUCUCAAGCAAACUCCGUCCUCCGUCUCGGCCAAUGGGAAUACUCACGUCUAUUCCGCGACGCACCAUCCUCACUCAUAGCUAGCACAGCUUUAUACGGCGUUUUCAUCGCAGAGCUCGCGCAACAUCUACGAGAACAAAUCAAACUCUUCGACCAGACGGAUCGAGUGCUGUAUAGACAUAACGUUGCGCAUGAUGGAAGUAUUUCAUGGAUCUUGUCGCUACUGCAGAUUAAACAGAUGGUUUGGCCUGGCAUGGGAGCUGAGAUUGUGUUUGAGCUGUAUAGAAGGAAGACAACAUCUUCAGAAAAAGAAGAGGGGAGCUUCUUUGUACGUGUCUUGUGGGGAGGACAAGUGCUGCAAAGCUCGAACCCGGAGUUGGGAGAUAUGAACUUUGUGGAUUUGCGGGUGUUGUUGGAUUAUUUUGAUUCUUUGGUGGGAAAAAAGGCAGAGAGUGUAGUAGGAUUGUGUCAAGUGGAAUGA